AUGUUAAUAUCUCGAUUAUUUGUAUGGAAUUACCUUCUGUUAUGGUUGAUCAUUUUAGAAGGUUCAUAUUCUAAUAAAUUAGCACAUAGAUGCAAACAAAUUAUUAAUAAAUAUAUAAUAAUUGAAAAUAAGCGUAGAGAAGCUUCUUGGUAUAAAACAGCCAUAGAAAAUUUGGAAUUUUAUGAAUCCAAAAUUUCACAAGUAUCUAAAAACUUGGAUAUUAAAGAUGAUUUAUUAGCAAAUGAUCAAAUUAUAAUAAAUCUUUCAACUGCAAUAUCUAAUUUUAAAGUUGAUACAUUGGGGAGUGAAUUCUGGUUUAGUAUGGUAGAUAAAUUACCUUCUUCAUGGCAUGUUUAUGGAGCAAAACCUAAGGAAUUAAAUAUAGUACCUUUUAGAUUUAUGGAAUCUUACUUAAGAUAUUUCACAAUUAGUAAGAUAUGGAGUAUUUGUGUUGAUAUUAAAGAUAAUAUGCCAAAAUCAUUUGAUUAUAUUAAUGAUGGUCCAAUUCCUAACAAUAGAAAUAUGUUAUUAAAAUAUAAUCGAUGUAAUUUUAGUCAAGAUAAUGAAAUUGCGGAUAUGAUUUCUGUAGUUUUACUAAAUAAUACAGCAUUCAGUUCAUUAUAUAAAAAGGAAAUUUGUUCUGCUGUUGAGAAUAUAUCAAGGGAUAUGGAUAUUUUUACAGUAUCUUGUGCUAAUGCCUUAACUAAAAUGAUUUAUUCUAAUUCAGAAAAAGAAAUGAAUGAAGCAAUGGAUAUUUGCUCAGUAGUUAAAGAGGGUCUUAAUUUAAUUUCUAUUUUGAGUCCAGAAGGAAGCUUAUUAGAAUCUUCAUUUGAUUUGAUGACAUUCACUGUUGAUUUUCUGAGUUUAUCAUUUCCUUCAUAUAAGCUAUCUAAUUUUGGAAAGAAAAUGCUUCCAUUUUUAAAAAUUCGUACUCAACGUUUUAUAGAAAGCUGUACAAAUAUUGCAGAAACUUUAUUUAAAACUGGAGGUUUUGAAAGAAAUACAACUAUACCGGGAAAUCAAUUAAAAGAUAUUAGUGAAGAGAUAACACGCCAACGACUUAUUUUAAGAUGUGGGGCUAUUUAUAGAUAUCUUAGAUUAAACAAGCCAAAAGGUAUUAAUCCUCAAAUAUUCAGAAAUGAAAAGUCAGUUAGUCCAUCUACUAUUAAUAAUAUAUUAAAAUCUUCUUCAUUAUUGUUUGAUUCCUGUGAUUUAAAUGGGGAUUUUGAUUCACAUUUGGGUCCUACAAAGGAUAUUGUUGCAGAGAUAUUAUUAAUAAUACUUCCAAGUUUUCCUAUAAAUAAUUUAUAUAAUGGUAGUUUAAAAUAUCCCCUAUGUAAAGUUUCAGAAUAUAUAUUAAAAGAUCUUAGUUCUUAUGAACUUCCUACUCUUUAUACAUGUACCAAUGCUUUUAUUAAAGUAAUUGAAGUACAAGAUAUAGAUUCUAUAUUUGAGGAAAAACUUAUGAAUAUCUGUAAUAUAUUUAUAUAUGUGUUUGGGAAUAUUUGA